CUGCCCGCCUGCCUUGCCAGCCAGCCAGCCUUGCCAGCCAGCCCGGGGAAACGCGGCCGGGCGGACGCGCCGUCGGGGCACCAUGAGCCGUGCGUAAAAGCGCAGCGCUCCUGGGCACCUUCCGCGCCGGCUCGUCUCUGCCCGCCGGCUUGCUUGCCUGCCUGCCUGCCUGCCUCCCCGACCGGGGUGUCCCUCCUUUCGUCCCCUCGCCCUGUUGAGCGUCCCCUGCGGGGGGGAGCCCCCGAAGAUGUCCGAGUUCCCGGCCAAAGUCAGCACCCGCACCAGCAGCCCCGCCGGGGCGCCCGGCCUCAGCUCCUCCGCCGUGGACUUCCAGUUCCUCAAAUCCCUCUUCGCCAUCCUGAUGAUCGUGGAAAUCGUGCUGGGUUGUCUUGUGUGGGCCCUCAUUGCGGACACGUACUACCAGCCUUACCCUUCCUACGGCUGGGUGAUGUUCGUCGCCAUCUUCUUCUGGCUGGUGACCGUAAUCCUCUUCGGGAUGUACCUCCUUCGUCUCCAGAUGAAGCUGUACAUGAUCCCGUGGCCAAUCGUGUUGGUGGUCUUUAACGUUUCGGCCGCCGUCUUGUACGCCACAGCCUUCAUCGCCAGCGCUGCCUCGGUGGAGCCCUUCUCCUGGCCCCAUUCGCCAGACUACAACCGAAGAGCCUCCGCCUCGUUCUUUGCCUGCCUGGUGAUGAUAGGCUACGGAGUCAGCGCCUGCCUCAGCAUCCGAGCCUGGAAAGGGUACGGCAGCAACGCCGCCAGCAGCCAAGCGACGGUUCCCAAUCACGCCUAAGAACGGAGGGGGCCAUUCUGAAUCAACGUGGCUCAGCUCGGUGGUACUGUAGUAUGGCAGAGACUGUGGGGACUUUUCGGUGCUCAGUUCUCUCCCCGGCCCCCCGUUUCCUUCCCCUUCAGCAUGGCCCACAUCAAGACGCUCUUCUAACCCCACCUGUCGCAGGUGAAGUGCCUGACCCCUUCCUCCCACUAACCAGCAUCCUUGAUGGACUGGCUCGAGACCUGGUUGAGCCACAGGGACCGAAUGCUUCGCAAGGCUGGCAAGAGACGCCUCGGCGCUGGACGAUUUACACCUCCCAUGUUUCCUGGGUUUGGGAACCACGUCAGCGCAAGCUGGCCGUUAAAAAUAACACGGCGCCCAAAAUACCGCGGCAUGUCAGGCUGGGGUUUCCCCUUUUCCCCUCUGGAGACAGCCAGGAUGGAUCCAGGCUAGGGACCCCUGGCAUGCAGAGCAGAUGUUCUCGCCGAGCGAUGGCCGAAGGCCGCGGGAAAUGGUUGGUGGCGUGGGGUGAAGACGACGACCCACCUUCUCCGGCAGUCAUGGGUGCCGUCUGCACUGGCCCAGAGGGGGCCCGUCUCUGGGGUGGCCAAGCCUGCGGCACAUCUCACCACAACUAAAUCGACUAAAACACAAACAGCGAGCCCCGUCUCCUCCCUUUCCGUCAGCCACUUGCAGCUUCUGUGUAAAUAAUAUGUGAUGGUUAACUUAGCAGUAGAGGUGCUUCGCCUGCAAGCGAACCCUGCCAGUAUUUUAUUAUUUCUAAAAAUAAAAUCAUUUCGUUUGAACGGAAAACCACCCCUAAAAUUCUCACCUUUGUCCACCAAGGGCCUUCUGGAAUCUGACUUAUCAGGGGAGGGUGCUGGCAUCCACAGCUUGCUCCUUUCUUAUGAAGCGCCACAGAAUCUAAAAAUAACAGCUACUCUGUAAUAAAAGCAUACAUGCACCAAAGGGUAGGUUGUGGUGGUUUGGUAAGGAUAUAAAGAGAAAUGAAACAUUAAAGGACAGAUUUCUUUAACUCCACUUAACAAGU